UUUCAUCACCAUCACCGCUCCCGCACCAUUUCUUCCCUUACCUGCUCGAAUAAAAAAAAAAAGCCUCAAAGUUUAGUCUUUUACCAUUGUAUUUUCUUCUUUUUUUCCUCCUUAUCAUGGAGAACUCACCAACCGUUAUCAGGCCACCACCACCACAACCACCGCCACCCUUGCUUGCAUCAUCACCUCCAUUUUCCCAGCCUGAUAACACCACUAACGGUACUGUUAUCAUCAGGUCACCUCCGCCAUUACCUUUGUCUUCAUCACCCCAAAUAUAUCCUAUAGAUCAGAACGGAAAUGCUGUUAUAGUGACCAUCAAUCCACCGCCACCUUUCCCCGCUUCACCAAGAAGCAUCGAUUUAUCCCCACUUGAAUUCAUUCUUGCCCUUAUGGCAGUUAUAACCAUCCCCGCUAUAGUCUACGCUUUAUUUUUUGCUGUCAAGUGCCCUCCUUGGUCUUCCAGGGAACAUCAGGACAGCCCUACGGAGCUUCCCAGGGACAACAGUGGAAGUACUGUUGAAUUAACUGAGAGGAGGAAGGAACCUGUUUCAGGUGUUAAGUACCAAAAUGAGACUCAUUCUAAAGAUAUUGGAAGUGAGUGCUCUAUUUGUUUGUUAGUUUUAGCUGAUGGGGAAGAAAUAAGGCAGUUGAGUGGAUGCAAGCACUCGUUUCAUGCUACUUGCAUUGAUUCGUGGCUUAACAACCAAAACAAUUGUCCAAUUUGCCGGGCUUCUGUUACCGUAAACAGGCCAAAUAAUAAUGAUACGGCCUCGUCGGCUUCAUCUAGAGAUAGUGAUCUCCAUCAAGGUUUGCCAGAUGCAGCCAGUUUGGUUUGACAUGUCUAGUUUAAUUUCUUGAUUUUUUGUUCCUUUUCUUGCUGAAUUUUUGUUUUUCCCUUUUGGCAUUCCGAGGCUAUAAUAAAAUUGAGAAUGGCAAAUGGAAGAUCUGGUAUUCAAAACUCCACCAAGAAUUGUUAGUACUCUAGAAUCCUGAUAGCAUAGAGAUUAGCCUGCAUUUUUUUUUUUUCUUUUGGGUUACUUUGCUGUGAGGAAAUGGAAUGAAUUCAAGGCAAUUAAGAGCCAGAGUUUGAUCAAAAGUUUUAUCUCAUGGAUGCUUCUUGUCAUAGCUUGAACGCUUUAGAUAGAGAUCGAAUUGGUGAUUUAACAGGGUACGUAUUGGUAUCCGCUCUGAAGUGAUUCGGAUCCGGAUUCACAGGUUCAAAAUUGAGUUACAUUUACUUCUGUUUUCUGUGAUUAUGCUUUGAGAAGAACUGAAGAGAGAUCAUAAAUGGAAGUAACUGAUCCCCACUUUUUCUCUUCAGUCCUUUUUUCCGUUUUAGGUCAGCUUUUUGUUCAUGAUUGUAAAUAGCUUCAGCAAUUGUUUGUAUCAUCUACUUCAUCAGUCUUGUAAUUCUUUUCCUUAUCUACAAAAGCAGAAACAGUCGGAUCCAACACGCAUGAUCCACGUUUUACGUUUCACCUUGACACCAUGUUCAUUGAUAAAGAAGUUACAUUUUACGAAAGGAUAAUUCUUAAUCAAAGGGAUUCAAGAGAGCAAUACAGGGUGUGUACAUAUAUAAAAAUGCUCUGCCAUCGAUUCCCUUACAAAUUAUAAGAAAAUGAAUUACACUGGAAUAUGUGCCUUUGCUAGUUGUUCAUGAUUGAAUACAUGAUCUGGUUACACGGCUUCCAGGGCCCAUUGGUGGGCCAAAGGGGCGGCUACUCUUUGAUGGAAAGGUAUACCUAACAGAGAAAAAGGAUCCAGAUUUCUAUUCAUUGGAAGCUGGUUGCUGCUGUUGUUGCGGUAAAAGAAAGUGGGGGAUAUUUAGAUAUAUAUGUUUCAAACUUAUGAUUAUUACAAAAUGUGUUUUUUGCAUAAUGCAUGUUGAAUCUUGAUGUUUUCCUUUGUUAAUGAUGUUACAAUGUCAAUAAUUUUCCUGCUUUACUAGGUGGGGGAUAUAUCUCAAUCUCAAUGCCUUGACGGCUUAUCUGUCACUUUUAUUUUGGUUGUUCCCAUUGUAAAUUACAAAAGCUCUCUUCGGUUUUUUUUUUUGGCCACCUAAGCUAUAAUCUUGUCAAUUGAAAGUACAUUUUGUGGGAAGGCCAAAAAAAAAAAAAAAAAAAGGAAGGCAGGCUUUCAUUUGCCUGCUUUACGCUGCUAUGCAUUUUGAUGAAGGGGUGGUUUGAUCACAUCAGUUCUGGCCCAAAAAAUGGUGAAUGCUGAUAUAUUCUCAAGUCCAUGAGAGCUUCUUUUCCAUG